UGUUCAUCUUUGUCAAGGACAAUUCAUCUAAACGGAUGAGCUCAGACAAGUCGGCUGGCUGUUUCCACUCGUCGGUUUUUUGCGGCGGGGCUUUUGAUUGGCUGAUUGUAUUAUUGUAUGCAAAUCUGGUCGGGGUUGCAGCCAGUUAGGUGAAAGGCUCACGCUGGUGUGGCUCUCGAGACCCGAAGCGCGAGGUAAAGCCGCUUUCUGUGGAGCUGUCCACUCCAGGAGGUGCUGAAACCAGGAUUUUCACGUCAACCGACAGUUGGAGGGAAUGCACUAACUCCGAGGACGCUUUACAGCAAAACCAAAACGGGAUUGGAUUUACUUCGCAGUUAACAUUAUAGCUCAAAACUCUAUCGGAAAUAUCUUUCUGGAUGACUUGUAGUUGGAUUCACAGGAGGGUUAUGAGAAGCUCCAAAAGAUGGUGGGCAGCUGUCCUGCUCUGGGGGGCAGCGCUGAUCGCAGAGGCACGUCCAGGCAAAGAAGGAUUUAGCCCGCUGGCGUAUCGACCUCUCGUCAGAUUCCGUCACAAGCAGGAUGGGAUCUCAGAGAGUUUACGGAUUAAAGGGUUCCCUGGUCAGAAUGGCUUUCCUGGGCCCUGUGAACACAAGUACUGUGGUUUGGGGAAGCACUGUGUGGUUGACCGAGAAACAGGUGAAGGAGAAUGUCAGUGUCUGGAUCGCUGCAAACCACAUUACAAACCUGUUUGUGGAUCUGACGGCAAACUCUACCAGAACCACUGUGAGCUUCACAAAGCUUCCUGUAUGGCCCAUCAGAGAAUAACCAUCAUGCACAGCGAGGAAUGCUUCUACAAAGAUGAUAACUGUCGUCUGGGAGAUUAUAAAAAAUUGAAGACCAAGAUGUUGGACUUACAUGCACAGAGGUACUUGACCUCUGGUAACCAUGGCAGCCAUGAGAAGGAUAUGGCAAGUAGGAAGCAUCUGGUGGACAUGAUGUUCAAGCGCUUUGACGCAGAUGGUAGCGGAAGAGUUGACAGCAGUGAGCUCUCACAGGUCAUCAAGCAGGAAGGUCUGAGCAGGACGGCAUCAGAGUGCACCCUGUUCGACCUGUUCAAAUUUAACGACGUCACCGAUGACGAACACCUAACUAGAGAGGAGUUCUACGCAGCUUUUGAGGUCUAUCAGCUUAGCCUUCCCGAAGACCAAAAGCUGAGCGUUACCACGGUAACGGUGGGUCAGAGCGCUGUUCUCACGUGUGCCAUCACUGGAGACCAGCUGCCGCCAAUCAUCUGGAGACGCAACAACCAUGCCCUCAACAUGCUGGAGCUGAAGGACAUUAACGAUUUCGGAGAUGAUGGAUCACUGUACAUUACCAAGGUGACCACUACACAUAUGGGCAACUACACCUGCCAUGCAGACGGCUACGAGCAGCUAUUCCAAACACACAUCCUGCAGGUUAAUGUGCCCCCUGUUAUCCGGGUGUAUCCAGAGAGCCAGGCGCGCGAGCCGGGGGUCACAGCCAGUCUGCGGUGCUACGCUGAAGGCAUCCCCGACCCACAACUCUCAUGGUUAAAGAACGGCAUGGACAUCACCACAAAACUCUCCAAACAACUCACACUUCAGGCUAACGGGAGCGAGGUGCACAUCAGUAAUGUUCACUUCGAGGACACCGGCGCCUAUACCUGCAUCGCGCGCAACGAGGCGGGUGUGGACGAGGACAUCUCCUCUCUGUUCGUGGAGGACUCCGCUCGGAAAACGUUGGCAAACAUCCUGUGGAGAGAGGAAGGUCUGGGGAUUGGAAACAUGUUCUAUGUGUUUUAUGAGGACGGUAUUAAAGUCAUCCAGCCAGUGGCCUGUGAGAUUCAGAGACACAUCAAACCCAGCGAGAAGCUUCUUGGCCUGCAGGAGGAGGUCUGUCCACAAGUGGAGGGAGAGAAGGAUCAGAAAUGUAUGUGGACAUCAGCUGUCAAUGUGAAGGACAAGUUCAUUUACGCCACACAGCCGUUGCUGAAUAGGCUGCUCAUUGUAGACAUCCAAUCCCAGAAGGCCGUUCAGACUGUAAGCACAGACCGGGUUCCAGUGAAGCUUCACUAUGACAAGUCUCAUGACCAGGUGUGGAUCUUGAGCUGGGGAGAUCUGGAGAAGAACUUUCCAACCCUCCAGGUGAUCAGCCAGGCCAGUGAGAGCAUGUCCCAUCACACCAUUCACACCAAACCAGUUGGCCACCGCUUCGACAGGGUGGAGGAUUUCUUCAUUCCUCCCAUCAGCCUCACCAUCAAUCACAUCAGGUUUGGUAUUAUCCUCCACAAGAAUGAACCAUCUCUUCAUAAGAUCGACUUGGAAACCACCUCCUCUGUGAAAAACAUUAGUCUGCAGCAGUACGAUUGCAUCCCACAAUCCCUCGCCUACACACACCUGGGUGGAUACUACUUCGUCAACUGUUGGCCGGACUCAACAGGUGCGGUACGGCCACAAUUAAUCAUCGAUAGCGUAACGGACGAUGUCAUCGGUCCUAAUGGGGAUGUGAGCGGCACGCCUUAUGUCUCUCCUGAUGGCCACUAUUUAGUGAGUGUAGAUGACCGUGACGGGCUAAUGCGCUUGCAGCCCGUGUCCGUGCGGGGCGAGAUCGGCCAACCCUUUGACAUUCACACCAACCUGCACCUGUCCGAUCUGGCCUUCAUGCCCUCGUUCACCGAGGAUAACCAGUAUAACGUGUUCGGCAGCUCGGGCCGGCAGACAGAUGCUCUUUUUGUGGAGCUCAGCACCGGUAACGUCAAAAUGAUCAAGAGCCUAAAGCUGCCCACGGCAUCAGCGCAGUGGCCUUGGAACCGCCAGAACAGGGUCAUGACUGGCAGCGGGCUAUUCGGACAGUAUCUCAUGACCCCGUCUCAAAGCUCCCUGUUUAUACUGGAUGGGCGGCUGGAUAAACUCAACUGUGAGAUCACUGAUGUUCCACUGGGAAAUACUGUGGUGUGGGUGGGAGAGGCGUAG